CAAAUUAUGAUGAGAAAAAGAUUACAUAUAGCACUGAUAGCGAUGACGAAUAUGAUGAAGAGAGUGAGAUUAAAGAAAGGAAAAAGCAGAAAGUUAUUCGAUUUCGAAGAUAUAAAUUAAACCAGGAUAGAUAUAAUUAUUUUAGAGAACAAGUUUUGCUAUUUUGGCCAUGGAAAAAUGAAAGAGAAGAUGUAGAUACACAAGAUUGUGAAAACAUUUAUAGUAAAAAUAUUCAUGUAAUUGAAGAAAAUAGAAAUAAAUUCUCAGUAAUAGGUGACUUAGAACUUGACAAUGCCUUGGUUCAGGCACAAAAAGAUAUAGAUCAACAGACUAUAGAGGAUGAGGAGAUGGAAUCUUUCGGGAAAACAAAAAUUCGAAAAGAUGAAGAAAUAGAUAUAUUUAGUCAAACGGGUUUAGCGAAAUGCUCAAAAAACAUUAAAAGGAGUAUAAAUAGUCCACCCCAAAAAAGCAAAGAGGAAAUGAUGAGCAUAGUUUGUGAAUUAAAUGAUGAGCAAAGGGAAAUUACAAUGCAUGUUUUGCAUUGUUUUGCAAAUGGGAGUUUACCUAUUAGAUUGUACAUCAGCGGCUCAGCAGGUGUUGGAAAAAGUACAGUUUUAAAAGCGAUUUAUCAGGUGUUAUUGAAUUUCUUCGACGAUACACCCGGUGAAAAGAAAAAUUCGUUAAAAAUAUUAUUAUGUGCACCGUCUGGAAAAGCAUCAUUUCUAAUAGGUGGUACUACACUGCACAAUGCUUUUGCAUUACCAAUAACACAAUACGGAGGACAAAUGCCGGAAUUAUCAGCAGAUGUAGCAAAUACAAUUCGAGAGAACUUAUUCGAAUUAAAAUUAAUAAUUAUAGAUGAAAUAUCAAUGGUAGGUAGUACAAUGUUUAGUCGAGUAGAUACAAGAUUAAGACAAAUAAUGGGUAAUAAUAGAAGCUUUGGGGGAGUUUCUGUUAUAGUUGUCGGUGAUCUUUAUCAAUUACCACCAGUUAUGGAUAAUUCGAUAUACCUUUCCUCAAAAUCUAGCAUGUUAAGCAUUUUUUCGGAGAACAUUUUAUGGAAUGAAUUUGACUUUUUUGAGUUGACAGAAAUAAUGAGACAAAAAGAGGAUAAACCAUUUAUUGAGGCUCUUAAUAACCUUGCAAGAGGCACAAUGUCUGAAAAUGAUAUUGCUCUUAUUAAAUCCAGAGAAACUACAGAGGAAUAUGUUCCAAAAGAUGCAAUUAGAUUAUAUGGUGAAAAUCGGAUGGUUGAUAGUUUUAACAAAAUAAAAAUUAAUUCAAUUGAUGGUGUAGCCUAUGAUUCUAUAGCCAAAGAUUCAAUUUUAGGAAAAAUAAGUAGUAAGUUGAGAAAUAAAUUACUUACAGCAUUAAAAAAUAAAAAAAGAACAGAAUGUGGAGGCUUGGAUUACAAAAUUACGUUAAAAAUUGGUAUCAAUUACAUGAUAACUUCUAAUAUAGAUGUAGAAGAUGGUUUAGUUAACGGAGCCUGUGGCAAAUUGCAAAAAAUAACUUUAAAACCAGGUACAGAUGAACCAAUGAAAAUAUGGUUAGAUUUCAAUAAUGAUAGGAUUGGUGUUGGACAAAGGAGACCAUACAUAAGGUAUAUGACCGAAAAUAAUUUGGAGAUGUGUUUGGUUCCGCUCUCACAAGUCUCUAUUGUAUUGAACAUUAAUGAAAGAAUGGGAUAUCAAGUCGUGAGACAACAAUUUCCUAUCACGCCAGCCGAGGCUUUAACAAUUCACAAAAGUCAAGGACAAACAUACGAAAAAUUGUGUAUUGAUUUAAGAGACAGUUAUCGUAUCACAAGGCCAAUGCUUUACGUAGCAUUGAGUAGA